CGGGCGCUGUAUCUCCUCCUGCACCCCCAAACCACCAGCCUUGGAUCAAGUGACUUGCUCCAACAUUCGCGGAGCUUUUCCUGCUUCUCCCAAGGCUGCACCAUCCCCACAGUCCUGUGGCCUGUGGUGGCAAGGUUCUGGGACCAGCCUGACCCUCUGACGGAGAGCAGCCACGAGACUUGCCAGGACCUGUGCUGACUCUUGCCACACAAGAUGACAGCAAGAGACGGGCCCCAAGAUAGGUACAAGGCUGUCUGGCUGAUCUUCUUCAUCCUCGGCCUGGGAACACUGCUGCCAUGGAAUUUCUUCAUGACCGCCAGGAAGUAUUUCAUCAGCCGCCUUGCAGACUCGAAGCAGAACCAGACCAAUGAGGCUACCUUGCCCCACUCCUAUCUGCAGUCCAUGUUUGACAACUUCAUGACUCUCUGCGCCAUGGUGCCUCUCCUUGUCUUCACCUGCCUCAACUCCUUCAUCCACCAGCGGAUUCCCCAGCAGAUCCGCAUCUUGGGCAGCCUGGUGGCCAUUGGGCUGGUCUUUUUAGUCACCGCGGUCAUGGUGAAGGUCGCCAUGGAGCCUCUUCCCUUCUUCAUCUUUACCAUGAUCAGCAUCACCUUAAUCAACUCCUUCGGCGCCAUCCUCCAGAGCAGCCUCUUUGGGCUGGCAGGACUCCUGCCUGCCAGCUACACAGCUCCCAUCAUGAGCGGGCAGGGCUUGGCAGGCACCUUUGCUGCUUUGGCGAUGAUCUUCAAUAUUGCCAUCUCCUCCCAUCCUGUGCUCUCAGUUGGCAGCCAGCAACCUGAGGGCUUCAUCGGUUACUUCGCCACGGCCUGUGGGGCAAUCGUGCUGGCAAUCAUCUCCUACAUCCUUCUGCCUCGCAUGGAUUUCUUCCGCUACUACUCCAUGAAGGACAAGACAGAGUACCGUGUAUACAAUGCGGAGCUGGAGACCAAGAGAGACCUGAUUAAGAAAGACGAGCCCAAUGGGGUGGAGCAGAAUAACUCAAAGAUCAUCCCUAUCCACAACCCUGACGAGAAGCCCUCGGUCAUUGCUAUUUUUAGGAAGCUCUGGGUCAUGGCUGUGUCUGUCUGCUUCGUCUUCACUGUCACCAUCGGCGUCUUUCCUUCCAUCACAGCUAAGGUGUCCACUGUCCUUGGAGAGGGAUGGGGUCAGUACUUCAUCCCGGUCUCCUGCUUCCUGCUCUUUAACGUCUUUGACUGGACGGGACGGAGUCUCACUGCCCUCUUCACAUGGCCCGGGAAGGACAGCUGCCUCCUGCCAGUGAUGGUGGCCCUCCGUGUCAUCUUUAUCCCUCUCUUCAUGCUGUGCAACGUGCAUCCCCGUCAAUACCUGCCUGUCUUAUUCUCUCAUGAUGCCUGGUACAUCAUCUUCAUGAUCUUCUUCUCCCUCCCCACCGGCUACCUGGCCAGCCUCUGCAUGUGCUUCGGGCCCAAGAAAGUGCUUGCCCACGAAGCAGAGACAGCUGGAGCCAUCAUGGCCUUUUUCUUGUCGCUGGGCUUGGCCCUAGGAGCUGCCAUCUCCUUUCUGUUCCAAAUUCUCAUCUAGCGGAGGCGCCUGGAGGGUGCAGAGACACCGAGAGACAGCUUUGCAUCCUCCUCCGAGGCCCUGGAGACCUCGGUGCCGUGGGGAGAUAACACCCCACGCCUUGCCCCUGCCAAAUCGCACUGCCACGGCAGACGUUACACCCAGGGAUGGUUCCACUCCUGCAGGGUUGGCCUGGCUCCUGCCACGCUCGGCUGCGUGAUGCCUUCAGGCCUACGUGCCUUUUCCUUUCCCAUGCUGUGCAAGACCCCGGGAUCUCGCAGAGGUCCAGCCGCCUCCCACGCUGUGUAAUUUCCCCAUCUCAAGGCCAAAAGCCAUUCUCAGCCUCUUCCUCUCCAAUGGAGUUGAAGGCCGUUAUCCAGUGUUAUUCCCUCUCUUGCCCUUGUCCCCAAGGCACCUAGGGACUUGCUCCCUCUCCUCUUCCUUCCUGGAAACAUCCCACACCACUGCUCCUUGCUGGUGAGACUUGCAGACGGGGUGGAGAGCCCCAGCCAGCCUCACCGUCCCCUUCUCUGCUAGGGACUCAUUCCCCUGCGCAGCAGCAUCCCAGGGACAUAGACAUCCUUGUCCCACCCACAUGAAGAGCCAACACCACGGCUAGGCUGAGGGAGGAGGAGGUCUCCACACCCCAUCUUCUCCCCCUCUCCCUGCAUUUGUUCCCUAUUUUUUUUUUUUUUUUUUUGUGAAUCUGCCGCUUCUUAUUUUCUGCCUCCUGGUUGUGUGACAGGAGGUCCCACCGUGAGCUGCAAGAGGUGGCAACUCCUUUCCAACCCAGGCUGCUUUCCCUGCCCUCCUGUGCUGUAGGGGGAAGGCCUGACCUCUCCCUUGGCUUUCCCAUCCCUUGUCUGUGUAAAUGUGUACAGUUGCCGUUUUCUAUAAAAAAAGACCAAAAUGC